CGACUCACGUGGGUCCCGCCCGGCGGCGGCGGCGGAGGCGGCCACUACAGUCCCCCUCUGACCUCCGACCCCUCCCCGGCCCUCCAGGCCCCAGGGGGAAGGAAAAGAAGAUUUGAAGGAAGAUUCGAGGGGAAGGAAAAGAACCAAAACCAUGUUGCGAAAGCCAGUGUUUCAGGUGCUUCGGCAGUUCGUGAGGCCCACGUCGGACACAGCCAACAACCUGAUUCUGGAGCGUUCGCUGAACCGUGUCCAGUUGCUUGGUCGAGUGGGCCAGGACCCGGUCAUGAGGCAGGCGGAGGGGAAAAACCCGGUCACCAUCUUCUCCCUGGCGACCAAUGAGAUGUGGCGCUCAGGGGAGAGCGAGACCUUUCAAACGGGCGAUGUCAGCCAGAAGACUACGUGGCACAGGAUUUCCGUCUUCAGGCCGGGCCUCAGGGAGGUAGCCUAUCAGUACGUGAAAAAGGGGGCGCGCGUCUUCGUGGAAGGGAAAGUGGACUACGGCGAAUACACAGAUAAAAAUAACGUGAGGCGACAGGCCACGUCCAUCAUAGCUGAUAACAUUAUAUUUCUAAGUGAUCAUUCGAAAGACAAAGUGUAAGCUUAGUCCACCGGCGUGUUUAAAUUAACCCAGUCCCAUCAGUGUUAAAUGAAUCCUUAUUUCAGAAUCAUGUAUAGUUUAUCUUUGUAGUUUUUUUGGACACAAAUUAAAAUGCCCUUUGUAUAAAGGAA